CUAGUAGUGCCUCUCAUCUAAUGGUAGAUAUUAGUACAGUGAAUAAAUGAGAUAGUUAACAAGAGUAUAGUGGUAGAUAAUUAAGUGCAAAUUAGGGAAAGUAGAAUGGUUUUAAACUGGAUGAGAAAAUUUUAAGUGGUCUUGAAGAUAGGUAGAUGUUAGGGACGGAAGGAGCAACUUUUAGGUAGGGCUUACAUGACUCGGGAUUUGAUGCAUAAGGAGGUUAGAUGCGUUUUAUGGGGUGUCUGUUGAACUUUGGAGUUCAAGGCAGUGAGAUUUGACUGAAUGUUCUUAACACUGUAGAGGAGCUUGAUCUAGAUGGGAAGCCAUGUGUUUCAGUAAGAUAGAGGUAGCAUUUAUAUGCAGGAAGAACUUAGACAAGGGAUAAGGUGUAGCUCCCAGAGUUGCCUGUUGACAAAUAUCUGCAAAGUCUCAGUAACAGAUUUUUGAGUCCUUUGUCCAUGUUGCCUGAGUCAGGAUUUUUGGAAUGCAGUUUGGGAUCUAGUUUGGGAAUCUCCACCUUUGUUUCUGAAAUACCAUCAGGCCUGGCAGAGUGACCAUUUUUAAGUAGCUGUAGGGAAGUAAAGACCUGCAAAAGAGAGUAGAUUAGGCAUGGAGAAGAACAGAAAGUCAGAAGGUAUUUUUCCAGGUUGAUAGGAUUCAAUAAGAGCAUUCAGAGGGGAUAAAAAGGCCAGCAGUUUAUAGUGAAGUUACUUUGAGAGCGGUGCUAGUAGGAGUAGAGAAGUAAGAUUAGACUGGGUGCAUUUGAGGCACAGUAAGUCCAGGUAGUAUUGUGGCAGCGAGCCAGCACCUGGUUGGGCUGGACGAACAGUUUGGAGAGAAAAAGAGUUCAGAGAUUCCUUAUGUGGUGCAUGCCUGUCAUCCCAGCACUCGGAGAUGAGGCAGAAGGACUGCUGUGAGUUUAAGGCCCACCUGAACUGUGUAAUGAAACCCUGUUUCAAGCAAUUAAUUAAUUAAAAAGAAAAAUGAGCAGAGAGUUUUUCCACAUGUAUUUUAGAAACUAAUUGUGAGAAAGGAUUGUAGGCUACUGAUUGAACACCGUUUUCCUAAAUGUCCUUUAUCUGAUAGAGCCUGCUUAUUUAGGGACUACACGCAUGCAUUAAGGUAACUCCAGGAGACCAAGUUAGGGUGGGGAAUAUAACAGUAGACAAUGCUAAGCUGGAUCUGAAUGCGCUUGCUUCCCACCACAACUGCAGGUCACCUGACCCCCUUUUAAUUUCAGUACAGAAAGUGUGAGCAGAUUGUAGGUAGGUGGUGUCAAGUAUCAUGUGUAAGCAGGCGCAUCAGUGGAGGAGAUGUAGGAAGUCUUGAUGACUCUGUGCUUUGUUCAUACCAUGGUGCCCUAAAUCUCAGUUAGCAGAUGCAGGUUUACAGUUCAUGGACAAAAUCACUUACCUCCAAAUGCACGUUUGCUUGAAAUGCAUUUAUGUCUGCGCAGUGGAGUAGCCUGCACUUACUAAAAUGCAGUGCAAGUGUAACUCUAAUAAUAGUUUUUUGGGUUUUUUUUUGUCUUUUUUUUAUUGGUCCCAGGGAUCAAACUCACGACUGCCUGCUUGUAAGGCAGGCACUUAUGCCGCUGAGCUAAAUCUCCAGCCCUAAUAUAGUUUCUUGAAACUAAUGGAAGGAAAAAUUAAAGUUUGAAGGUUUUUUUUCAUCUUUUUUUUGUUUUGAAGUUUAAAUGUUCUGAAUGACAUGUAAUUGGGUUGAUAUGGUGGCAUGAUUUGUUUUUAAGAGAAUAUAUAGUGCGGAAAUGAAUGGGCUAUUAUGAGUGAAGACAUGAGAUUUGGUCCAAAUGAAACAAGUGCCUCUACCAAGACGAGAACUGUAGAAGUCAAAAGAUGAGGAGAUCUUUCUGAGGUGAAAUCCUGUGAUAGUUUUGCUGCUGGACUCUUCCCUCCCUCCCCCCACCCCAUCAGGAUGAUAUGAGACUUGAAAGAAGACGAUGCAUACAGGAGGAGAGACUUCAGCAUGCAAACCUUCAUCUGUUCGGCUUGCACCGUCAUUUUCAUUCCAUGCUGCUGGCCUUCAGAUGGCUGGACAGAUGCCCCAUUCACAUCAGUACAGUGACCGUCGCCAGCCAAACAUAAGUGACCAACAGGUUUCUGCCUUACCGUAUUCUGACCAGAUUCAGCAACCUCUAACUAACCAGGUGAUGCCUGAUAUUGUCAUGUUACAGAGGCGGAUGCCCCAAACCUUCCGUGAUCCAUCAACUGCUCCUCUGAGAAAACUUUCUGUUGAUUUGAUCAAAACAUAUAAGCAUAUUAAUGAGGUUUACUAUGCAAAAAAGAAGCGAAGACACCAGCAGGGCCAGGGAGACGAUUCAAGUCAUAAGAAGGAGCGGAAGGUUUACAAUGAUGGUUACGAUGACGACAACUAUGAUUAUAUUGUAAAGAACGGGGAAAAGUGGAUGGAUCGUUACGAAAUUGACUCCUUGAUAGGCAAAGGUUCCUUUGGACAGGUUGUGAAAGCAUAUGAUCGGGUGGAGCAAGAAUGGGUUGCCAUUAAAAUCAUAAAAAAUAAGAAGGCGUUUCUGAAUCAAGCCCAGAUAGAAGUGCGACUUCUUGAGCUCAUGAACAAACAUGACACGGAAAUGAAAUACUACAUAGUGCAUUUGAAACGCCACUUUAUGUUUCGAAACCAUCUCUGUUUGGUGUUUGAAAUGCUGUCCUACAACCUCUAUGACCUGUUGAGGAACACCAAUUUCCGGGGGGUCUCUUUGAACCUGACAAGGAAGUUCGCGCAGCAGAUGUGCACUGCACUGCUUUUCCUGGCGACUCCAGAGUUGAGUAUUAUUCACUGUGACCUGAAACCUGAGAACAUCCUCCUCUGCAACCCCAAACGAAGCGCCAUCAAGAUCGUUGACUUCGGCAGUUCUUGUCAGCUGGGGCAGAGGAUAUACCAGUAUAUCCAGAGUCGCUUUUAUCGGUCUCCAGAGGUGCUAUUGGGAAUGCCUUAUGAUCUUGCUAUCGACAUGUGGUCCCUUGGGUGUAUUUUGGUUGAAAUGCACACUGGAGAACCUCUGUUUAGUGGUGCCAAUGAGGUAGAUCAGAUGAAUAAAAUAGUGGAAGUUCUGGGUAUUCCACCUGCUCAUAUUCUUGACCAAGCACCAAAAGCAAGAAAGUUCUUUGAGAAGCUGCCAGAUGGCACUUGGAACUUAAAGAAGACCAAAGAUGGAAAACGGGAGUACAAACCACCAGGAAGCCGUAAACUUCAUAAUAUUCUUGGAGUAGAAACAGGAGGGCCUGGUGGCCGGCGUGCUGGGGAGUCGGGUCACACCGUAGCUGACUACUUGAAGUUCAAAGACCUCAUCUUAAGGAUGCUGGAUUAUGAUCCCAAAUCUCGAAUUCAACCUUACUAUGCCCUGCAGCACAGUUUUUUCAAGAAAACAGCCGAUGAAGGUACAAAUACGAGUAACAGCGUCUCCACAAGCCCUGCGAUGGAGCAGUCCCAGUCUUCAGGCACCACCUCCAGCACGUCAUCCAGCUCAGGUGGAUCAUCCGGGACAAGCAACAGUGGGAGAGCCAGGUCGGACCCCACGCACCAGCAUCGGCACAGCGGCGGGCACUUCACGGCCGCGGUCCAGGCCAUGGACUGCGAGACGCACAGUCCCCAGGUGCGUCAGCAGUUUCCAGCACCACUCGGCUGGUCAGGCACUGAAGCUCCUACACAGGUCACUGUUGAAAAUCAUCCCGUUCAAGAAACAACCUUUCACGUAGCCCCUCAGCAGAAUGCGUUGCAUCAUCACCAUGGAAACAGUUCCCAUCACCACCACCACCACCACCACCACCACCACCACCAUGGACAGCAAGCCUUGGGUAACCGGACCAGGCCAAGGGUCUACAAUUCUCCAACAAAUAGCUCCUCUACCCAGGAUUCUAUGGAGGUUGGCCACAGUCACCACUCCAUGACAUCUCUGUCUUCCUCAACGACUUCUUCCUCGACAUCUUCCUCCUCUACUGGUAAUCAAGGCAAUCAGGCCUACCAGAACCGCCCGGUGGCUGCUAAUACCUUGGACUUUGGACAGAAUGGAGCUAUGGACGUCAAUUUGACCGUCUACUCCAAUCCCCGCCAAGAGACUGGCAUAGCUGGACACCCAACAUACCAGUUUUCUGCUAACACAGGCCCUGCACAUUACAUGACUGAAGGACACCUGACAAUGAGGCAAGGGACUGACAGAGAAGAGUCCCCCAUGACAGGAGUUUGUGUGCAGCAGAGUCCUGUAGCUAGCUCGUGACUACAUUGAAACUUGAGUUUGUUUCUUGUGUGUUUUUAUAGAAGUGGUGUUUUUUUCCAAAAACAAAGUGCAAAGCUGCUUGAAUCAGAAGGAGAUUAACACACUGAACCGCUACAAGAGGGCAGAGCUUUUUUUUUUUUUUUUUAACUUGAAAAGAUUGAAAAGAUUGCAAAGGGACAAUGAAGUUUUUAAGAGCCAUGUCCAAACUCAUCUUCAUGGAUAGCUCAGAGGUAUCCUCUUUUUGCCUCCCCCAUUUAACUUGCCACCUCCCAGUCAUAGUGGGCUUUUUGUCUUUCUGUUCAACAAAAGUUAAAGUUCAGGUGUUGGUCUUGGUCAUUUGCCAACUGAUUUUAAGAAUAAAAAGGCACUGCACAUAAUUUGCAUAAAGGGCCCCACAAGGGUGGUUUUUCUUUUUCUUUCUCCCUCCCCCCUUUCUGCCUCCCCGCUUUUUGUUUGUUUCGUUUUGGGUGAGGGGGGAAUUGGGGUUUUUUAAGUCCUCUAAACACACUUGGGCACGGAAAUGCAGUACUGUAAGGAAGAGGGACCUCCAGCUCACACAGACAUCAUCUUCAGCUGUAUGAAAGGAACGAUUGUGUUGGCGUUUGUCAGGCACACUGAGCAUGCUAAGUGGCGAGGAUCAGGACUCUCCUGUCUGAACCUACUGAGGAGCAAAGCAGCGAUGGCACGGGAGCCUCGGACCUCCUGCGGGAGAGGCCGCAGGAGGGUGGACGGAACAUGACUGGUUUCCUAACCGAGGUGCACUGAGAAGCAAUCAACGGGUCAGUCGUGGCCAGUCCUGGGGAGGUCUGAGUGGUGGUCUUUGGGAUAACCUUUGGCCUUACGGAUCUGGACUCCACAUGAGAAGAGCCUACCAUUUCAGAUGCAAUCACUUGUGGACAUGCUUUUGCAGACAGUCCUUAAUGCUGAAAACACAGAGAAUGGGUAAUUCAAGAGGCCUUUCUUUUAAAAUAGACUUUUGUGACCCACUAAUUGUAAGGUAUUGCAAGGUCACUUUGCGUGUGUCAUAAAGUUGACUUCUUAUUGGUUGAAGGUCACAGAAGUAGUGGUUUGCUUUGAUGGAAAUAGCUACAGCUGUGUCCCUUCCUGCUUUUUACUUUUUCUUUUGCUUUUUUCUCGGCACGUGGUAUCUCCACCAUUUCUUCUGCACAAAGAUGUCUUCUGUUCAUCCUGAACAUUUUUAAAAAAUGCAGAAUUUUAUGUGACUGCUUUUUUGCCUCACAAUUAUGCUGUGAAUUUUACAAAAAUUUAUUUUCUUUUUUGAUAAUUUAUUGUACCAAAGCUGUUUUUAUAGCACAUAGAUGUCUGUAACCAAUAAUGUAGCAGUUCUGCACUUUGACACAAGGUGUAACUAGACCAUUUUUAAAUGUCAGUUGAAAAUUAUGGCUGUACUAUUGCUUAAACAAAACUGGAACUGUUGUUGAAUCCAUAGCCAAUACAUUUACAGCAGUCUGUGUACUGAACAUAGUAGGUUGACAUCCAACUCCAGAUCACAACAUCUGUCGCGAUCUCAGUGUGUUCAGGCUUCCGAAGGUAAAGAAAGGGACACUGGAUCCAGGCGCUGUGGAGCCCACAGUGGGUCCUAGACUCUUGACUACCCUGCGUGUGCGCUUGAACAGAGACCUUGCCCUUGCUCACAGUGCCAGGCCUGCAGCAGGAGCAGGAGCAGGAGCAGGAGGGAGCAGGCGAGCCCUGCGCGCGGCCUGACCUGACACGCGGGGUGGAGUGUAGCAAAAGGGUGCCUCGGUCCAAAAUGACGCUGCCUUAAAUGUAACUCGGUCCGGCAGUCGCCAAAUUUGUGUUCCCCUCUUAAAUUGACCAGUGUUAGGGUGUGAUGCUUUUGAGCGGUUGGAUUGGGAGAAUGAAGAUAGCAAAGUUUACCUGUCCCGGAUCAAAGAAGCCUAGAAAAGGAGCAGUAAUCUACCUCUGCCGAUAACCCUGUUCGAAACAGCAGCAGGACACCACAUGACUUUGCAUGGGUCAACUCCAUGUGGCUGGCUAGGUCAAUUUUCUGAACAAAAGCAGGUUUUUAUAUGUAAACAAUGAUGAGAGAAAGGCUUAAGACUAUGUAAAUGUGAAUGGAAACUCAGAAAUACCGUUUUUAUAAACCACAGAAUUUUGUUGUUAAUCAGGAGAUCCAUAUUUAUUUUGUAAUUAAAUGUCAAGCCUGUGGAUGAUUUUUUUAAACUUGGUAGUUCAUAAAGGUUUACAGUGAAUAAAAGGGUAUCAUCUUGAGUUUAGCAAUAUCAAAGGGAUUCAGUAGUUACUGCUGUUUAGGAAUAUGGAGCAUAAGGUUAAGAUACUCUGUGGGUCAGGGCAUUUUUUUUCUGUGCUGGUUGCCACAUCUUAGCAAGCACCAAAAAACUAAAGCAGUUUUUAAAACAAUAUUUACAUAAAGAAAAUCAUAAAAUCCAAUGCUUCUGCAUACUGUGUUAUGUUACAGUCCAGUUUUGUGUGCUUUACUACACAGUUUGGUUACAGGACUUCUGUGCAUUGUAAACAUAAACAGCAUGGAAAAGGUUAAAUACCUGUGUUCAGAUUGUAAGAUCUAGUCCGGACUUGCUGUGUAUAUUGUAACGUUAAAUGAAAAAAGAACCCCCUUUGUAUUAUAGUCAUGCGGUCUUAUGUAUGAUAAACAGUUGAAUAAUUUGUCCUCAGA